AUGACCUCAGCCUCCUUUGUCUCCUACUUCACUCCAGGACUAUGCCAAUCUUCAGCCAUGCUCCCACCAGCCGGUCCCCUGCUGUCUCUCCUGCUGGUGAUAGGCACAUGUGGCACGGAGCCCAGGCCCCGGGUCCCUCCUCAGGGCUGCUACGUGGCCGAAGAAGCUGGUGAGCGGACAUUCCGUUGCAGCCAGGCGGGCCUGAGCGUGCUGCCCACCGGCAUCCCCAACGACACACGCAAGCUCUACCUGGACGCCAACCAGCUGGCCUCAGUGCCGGCAGGAGCCUUCCAGCACCUUCCUGUCCUGGAGGAGCUGGAUCUGUCCCAUAACGUCCUCGCCCACCUCUCAGGAGCCGCGUUCCGGGGCCUGGAGGGCACGCUGCGCCACCUCGACCUCUCUGCCAACCGGCUGGCCUCGGUGCCCGUAGAGGCCUUCGUGGGCCUGCAGGUCCAAGUGAAUCUGUCCGCCAACCCAUGGCGCUGUGACUGUGCCCUGCGAGAGGUGCUCAGGCAGGUGAGGCUGACACCGGGCCCUGGAACAGGCAUCGUGUGCGGCCCCGGAGCCCGCCCCGACCUCGUGGGGCAGGAGUUCCUGCCUCUGGCGGGCGAGGAGGAGCUGUGCGGGGCGGGGCGGGCCGGGGCCCAGCGGAGCACUGAUGUGGCCCUGCUGGUCACCAUGGGGGGCUGGCUGGUGCUCGUGGGGGCUUAUCUGGCCCACUACGUGUGGCAGAACCGGGAGGGGCCCCGAUGUCCCCUCAAGCGGGCCCCGGUGCUGCCCGGGCGCUCCGAGGACUCCUCCACCCUCAGCACAGUGGUCUGA